AUGUUACCUAAGUAUAUUUAUUUAUUACAUAAAGUGAUUCCUUACAUAAAUGAAUGGAGUCAUGCAGCCUUUCGAGCUGUAAAUGAUAUAUUAAAAAUAGUCAAUCAUAGAUCAACAAAUGUAGAAAUUGUUGUUGCUAAUCUACCCUUUAUUGAUCAUAUAUUGACCUUAAUUAAUACACAAAACUUGUAUAUCAAUCUUGAAGAAACAUUAUCUAAUCCAGAAACAAACUUGAUGAAUACAGCUGUUCAUUUUCUUGCUAACAUAGUAAAUGAGCCAACAAUUUUAGGUCAUAUCAAGCAAAAAAACGUGACACCUUCAUUUCUUCGUUUAACAUCUGCUCUAUACAAACCAUUACAAUACAACAUUUACACUCUUCUUGCUAAUGUAGCAAGUGAAAAUGAUAUAAAAUCAAUGGAUAAUCCAGGUAUUUUACUUUCGACAACUCUUGACUCAUUAAAAGCUGCAAUGGAUGAAAAUCCAGAUGAUCAACGUCAAAUUGAACAAUUACUUGAAACACUUAAAGGUCUUCUUCUGCAUGAUCAAAUGAAAGACGAAGUACUCAAACAAAAUGCUCUUCCAUUUCUUGUGGAUUAUGCGAACAAAUUCACUGAUGAAAAAUUGAAAUUAGUAUUAGAAGCUUUAUGGUCGUUGUCAUUUUCUCGCGACGCAGCAGUUGCACUUCGUUUUCAUAGUGAACUUCUAGACAAGAUUCAAAAAGUAUCACAAACUACUGGCGAUGAAGCAAUGAAAAAAGCAUCUGAAGGACUUACUUGGAAACUAGUAGAAGAGCCAGUAUUUUUGGAAAAAGUUGCAAAACAACAAGAAAAAAAUAAAUCUAAUGAAAUGAUUGAAACAACAGAAACUAUUAUUGGACCUGACGGAAAAGAACAAGUAAUAACUAAAAAAGUACCAGCUAGUAGUCUACCGUCCGAACGAACAUUUCAAUAUGAUAUGAUGAUUUCUUAUUGUCAUGCGGAUAAAGAUUUAGUAUAUAAAAUUCAUCAAUUUCUUAAAGAUCAAAAUUUCAAAAUAUGGAUUGAUCUUAAUAAUAUGUUUGGUCCAGCAAUGAGUGCUAUGGCUGAAGCUGUUGAAAAUUCUGAAUUUGUGAUUAUGUGUAUGUCGGACUCAUAUAAAAAAAGUACAUAUUGUCAAGCUGAGGCUGAAUAUGCAUUUAAUUGUAAACGAUGUUUAAUUCCAUUAAUUGUUAGACCAGAAUAUAGAGCAGAUGGAUGGUUAGGAUUUAUGAUUGGUUCACGAAUUUAUGUUGAUUUUGGUCGUUUUAAUUUUGAUACAGCAUGUGAAAAAUUAAUGAAUGAAAUUAAUCUACAAAAAAAACGUUCACUUCCACCCAAAGAGACUAAAGUUGUUCAAGAGGAAAAGCCAGUAGAACCAGUAAAAUUUGCAGCGCCACCCAAACCUCGUAAAUUAUCAGAUACAUAUACGAAAAGAACGAUUAGUUCAAAUUUUAAAAAGCGACCUAUUUAUAAUUGGACAGAAGCAGAUGUAAACGAUUUUCUUUAUGAUCAACAUUUACGAGAACUUAUGCCUUUAUGUGAAAAAAUGGAUGGUCAAGCAUUAAUACAAUUAUACAAAAUGUGUGCAGCAGAACGUAAUGAAACAUAUACUUUACUCAAUGAUGAUCUUAAAUCAACAAAAGAAAUAAAAUUACCUAUUGGAGUUUAUACACGAUUUUUAAGUGUUAUGGAACGAAUUACUACACCAGUUGCUUUUCCAUUAAGUAUAGAAGAAUUAUCGAUUUCUUCUUCUCCACUAAUCGUACAACAAUAUCCAAGUAACCCAUCGACUCCAUAUUCAAAUGCACCCUAUGAUAUCCUAGUUACUUCAAAUGCAUCUCCAUUACAAAUGUUUCAAAUGGUUCAUAAUUUCAUUCCUUCAAUACAACCAAGAUCUUAUGCGAAAUGUCCACGUAAACUUUCAAUUUAA